AUGAAUCAAUCAAGAUGUUUCUCCUAUUCUGCUAUUAAUUUCAACCAUACUUCUCAAAAAGUCGGCCAAAUUUUAAAUUCUGAAAUUAAAGUGGAAACUGAAUUAUCUGAUGAACAAAAUAAUAUUGAGAAUGAUUCAUUUAAUGAUUAUUUGAAUAAAUUCAACUUUAAAGUGAUUGAAUCUCCAAAGAAAAACUUGGCUCAAAUUGAAAGAUCGUUUGAUAACGAUAACGAAACCAUCAAGAUUUUCUUCGAUGUGGCUCAAGUGGCCAAUUUACCAUACGAUGCUCAGAUGAUGGAAAAUAAUAAUCCAAAUACUGAAUCUCCAUCUGCCAUGGAAUCCAACGAAAAUAAUUCAGAACCAUUGAAUGAUGAUUUCGAUUCCAUGGCUGAUAAUUUUGCCAAUGUCAAAGUGGUGGUUCUAAAAAAUAAAUUAGAUUCUGCAGUGUCGUUCGAAUUGUUGAUGAAUUUGGAUGAAGGCUCAUUCUUUAUCGAUAGUGUCACACCUUUUGAUUCCAUAGAUGAUGCUUUGAAUGAAUCGGCAGAAGUGGAAUUGAAACGUGAAUUGACUUAUCAAGGCCCACCUUUUUCCAACUUGGAUUCCGAUCUACAAGACGCCUUGGAGAUAUAUUUGGAAAACAGAGGUAUUAAUGAAGAACUAGCUACUUUUAUUGGUUCUUAUUCCGAAUUCAAAGAAAAUAAUGAAUAUAUUUCUUGGUUGAAGCAAAUGGAACAAUUCUUUAAUUGA